GCACAAAUCCGAUCUUCUUAACAUUCAAUCGUUCAUAGAGAAUCAUAGUCGUCCUUCGAGUUCAAAACAAAGAGAACAGACGAAAUGGCGAGCCAGUUGGCAAUUCAUCGGUUGAACAAGUUCCUCAGUGAGAAGGAAGACUUGGAUGAAGUGGCUGCUGCCAAAAUUGACAAGCUAAUUGCUGAGUUGCAAACGCCUGGUGAUCAUCAUUUUGAUCCAGUUCAAAGGAUUAUAAAUGGCUUCAUGGACUUCAAGAUCCACAAAUUCGACAAAUAUCCAUGUCUGUUCGACAAGCUUGCCUUAGGACAAAGCCCCAAAUUUCUGGUGUUUGCAUGCUCAGACUCUCGAGUGAGCCCCUCUAUCAUCCUUAACUUCAAACCUGGGGAGGCCUUCAUGGUUCGUAACAUUGCUAACUUGGUCCCUCCAUCUAACCAGCUUAGAUAUUCAGGAACUGGAGCAAUCUUAGAAUAUGCCAUAACAGUACUUCAGGUAGAAAACAUUUUGGUCAUUGGGCAUAGUAGCUGUGGUGGGAUAAAGAGGCUUAUGGAGCAUCCAGAAGAUGGCAGUAUUCCCUUUGACUUCAUAGAUGACUGGGUUAACAUUGCUGUAGAUGCCAAGGACAAAGUUAAAGCACAAGGUGAAGGACAUGAGGCUUGUGCUAGAGAAGCUGUAAAUGUCUCUCUGGCGAAUCUGCUCACUUAUCCUUACGUUCAGAAGGACGCUUCGGAAAGAAAGCUAGCACUUAGAGGUGGUUACUAUGACUUUGCUAAUGGAGUCUUCGAGCUGUGGGAGAAACACGGAUCUCACAUUUCACCCCCCAUGGUGAUACCACCACAUCCCUAAUUGUUUUCUUGCAUAAUAAUAAGCCUACUUCGUACGUAUCUUGCUAUGUACGUAGUUGAAGCACAAUGUGUGUGUGAGUGUGUCUGCCUCUUUGAAUAAAGCAAAUUAACCCCUGGCUAGGGCUAGUGCCACUGCUUCAUAAUUAUGUGUGUUUUG